CUCCCCUCAGACGGGGCGAGGGCGGCGAUGGCGCGUCCGGCGGAGGCGGCUGCGGGCGCCGCUCCGGCCCCUCCGGCCCCUCGGUGCCCUGGCCGCGGCCGCGGCUGUGAGUAGGGCCCGCACAGACAUGAGUUUUCUCUGUAAACAUGGCCUCAGCAGAGCACAGAGAACUUGAAAUAGAAACUCUCAUCAAGUUCUGAGCCAUCGUUUUAACGUCCGUACAUAAUACCCUGUGAAAGGAAUUCUCGUAUUUGUCUGACCCUAUGAAUAAAUGGUUCUACUGGAGAUAUUUUCAACCUCCUCAUCUUUUUGAGGCAUCUAUUAACAAGCUCAAAGUGACAGAACCAUGGCUCAGUUUCCAACACCUUUUGGGGGCAACCUGGAUAUCUGGGCCAUUACUGUGGAGGAGAGAGCAAAGCAUGAUCAACAGUUCCAUAGUCUGAAACCAACUGCUGGAUUUAUCACUGGUGAUCAAGCCAGGAACUUCUUUUUCCAAUCUGGGUUACCUCAGCCAGUGCUAGCACAGAUAUGGGCUCUAGCUGACAUGAACAAUGAUGGCAGGAUGGAUCCCUUGGAGUUUUCCAUAGCUAUGAAGCUCAUCAAGCUGAAGCUGCAGGGGUACCAGCUCCCGGCCGCGCUGCCACCCGUCAUGAAGCAGCCGCCCCUCGCCCUGCCCGGUGCCCCAGGAUUCGGUCUCGGGGGCAUUGCCAACAUGCCAUCCCUCAGCAGCGUGGCCCCGGUGCCCAUGGCAUCCAUCCCGGUGGUGGGGAUGUCCCCCCCGCUGGUGUCCUCUGUCCCCGCCGCCGUCCCUCCCCUGGCUAACGGAGCUCCUGCUGUCAUCCAGCCCCUGCCUGCUUUCGCUCACGCCGCCACUUUGCCAAAGAGUUCUUCCUUCAGCCGCUCGGGGCCGGGAGCUCAGCUCAAUGCCAAGCUGCAAAAGGCACAAUCCUUCGACGUGGCCAGCUCCCCUGCCGUGGCAGAGUGGGCUGUGCCUCAGUCCUCGCGCCUCAAGUACCGGCAGCUCUUCAACAGCCACGACAAAACCAUGAGUGGGCACCUGACAGGUCCCCAAGCAAGAACGAUUCUCAUGCAGUCCAGUUUACCCCAGGCUCAGCUGGCUACAAUAUGGAAUCUCUCUGACAUUGAUCAAGAUGGGAAGCUGACAGCUGAGGAGUUUAUCCUGGCUAUGCACCUCAUUGAUGUGGCCAUGUCUGGCCAGCCACUGCCUCCUGCCCUGCCCCCAGAGUACAUCCCCCCUUCAUUCAGAAGAGUCCGCUCUGGCAGUGGCAUUUCUGCUGCCAGCUCAGUGUCUGUAGACCAAAGGUUACCAGAAGAACCAGCACUGGAGGAGGAGCAGCAGCAACUGGAAAAGAAAUUACCAGUGACGUUUGAGGACAAGAAGAGGGAGAACUUUGAGCGGGGUAACCUGGAGCUGGAGAAGCGGCGGCAGGCCCUGCUGGAGCAGCAGCGCAAGGAGCAGGAGAGGCUGGCGCAGCUCGAGAGGGCCGAGCAGGAGAGGAAGGAGCGCGAGCGGCAGGAGCAGGAGCGCAAGCGGCAGCUGGAGCUGGAGAAGCAGCUGGAGAAGCAGCGCGAGCUGGAGCGGCAGCGCGAGGAGGAGAGGAGGAAGGAGAUCGAGAGGAGAGAGGCGGCCAAGCGCGAGCUGGAGAGGCAGAGGCAGCUGGAGUGGGAGCGCAACCGGCGGCAGGAGCUGCUGAACCAGAGGAACAAGGAGCAGGAGGACAUCGUGGUGCUCAAGGCCAAGAAGAAAACCCUGGAGUUCGAGCUGGAAGCUCUGAAUGAUAAAAGGAACCAGUUGGAGGGGAAGCUUCAGGAUAUCAGGUGUCGGCUGUCGACCCAAAGACAAGAAAUUGAAAGUACAAAUAAAUCCCGAGAACUCAGAAUUGCAGAAAUCACCCAUUUGCAGCAGCAGCUACAGGAGUCCCAGCAGAUGCUGGGCAGGCUGAUUCCAGAGAAGCAGCUGCUCAAUGACCAGCUCAAGCAGGUGCAGCAGAACAGUUUGCACAGGGAUUCCCUGCUCACCAUCAAAAGAGCCUUGGAGGCCAAGGAACUGGCGCGGCAGCAGCUCCGCGAGCAGCUGGAUGAGGUGGAGAAGGAAACCAGAUCCAAACUGCAGGAAAUUGAUAUUUUCAAUAAUCAGCUGAAGGAGCUGAGAGAAAUCCAUAACAAACAGCAGCUCCAGAAGCAGAAGAGCUUGGAAGCUGAGAAGUUGAAACAGAAGGAGCAGGAAAGGAAGAUAGUGGAGCUGGAAAAGCAAAAAGAAGCUCAGAGGCGGAUCCAGGAGCGGGACAAACCGCGGGGACAGCCGGAGGAGGAGCCACAGUGGCAAAAAAAACCCCAGGAGGAUGACAAGCAAAAAAGGGAAGAAGUACCCAAGAAGAAGGACAGUGAGGAUAAGGGGAAGCAGGAGAUGCAGGAGAAGCUGGGCAAACUCUUCCAGCCCCACCAGGAGCCCCACAAGCCCGGCCAGGCCCCGUGGUCCAACGCAGAGAAAGCUCCUCUAACCAUUUCUGCUCAGGAGGAUGUAAAAAUAGUGUAUUAUAGAGCUCUGUAUCCUUUUGAAUCCAGAAGCCACGACGAGAUCACCAUCCAGCCUGGAGACAUUGUCAUGGUGGAUGAAAGCCAGACUGGAGAGCCAGGGUGGCUUGGUGGAGAACUGAAGGGGAAGACUGGAUGGUUCCCUGCAAACUAUGCAGAGAAGAUCCCAGACAGUGAAGUUCCAGCCUCUGCCAAGCCCGUGGCCGAGCCCUCUGCUGCUCCCAAAGUGUCUGUGCAGGAAAGCUCCACGUCCCUGGGAGCCCCUGCCCCUGCAGAGGCUCCUGCAGCAGCCAACAACUGGGCAGACUUCAGCUCCACCUGGCCAGCGAACAGCAGUGAGAAGGCAGAGAGCGAUAACUGGGAGGCGUGGGCAGCGCAGCCCUCGCUGACCGUGCCCAGCGCGGGGCAGCUGCGGCAGCGCUCGGCCUUCACCCCGGCCACCGUCAGCGGCUCCUCGCCGUCCCCCGUGCUGGGCCAGGGUGAGAAGGUGGAGGGCCUUCAGGCGCAGGCCCUGUACCCCUGGAGAGCAAAGAAGGACAACCACCUGAACUUCAACAAGAACGACGUGAUCACCGUGCUGGAGCAGCAGGACAUGUGGUGGUUUGGGGAGGUGCAGGGCCACAAGGGCUGGUUCCCCAAAUCCUAUGUCAAGCUCAUCUCAGGCCCCAUCAGGAAAUCCACAAGCAUGGAUUCUGGUUCCUCAGAAAGUCCUGCUAGUCUGAAAAGAGUAGCAUCCCCAGCAGCCAAGGCAGCAGGGGCAGGGGAAGAGUACAUUGCCAUGUACACCUACGAGAGCUCGGAGCAGGGGGACCUCACUUUCCAACAAGGUGACCUGAUCCUGGUGACAAAGAAAGAUGGUGACUGGUGGACGGGCACGCUGGGUGAUAAAUCAGGAGUUUUCCCAUCUAAUUAUGUGAGACUCAAAGAUUCUGAGGCUCCAGGAGCAGCUGGGAAAACAGGAAGCUUAGGGAAGAAACCUGAAAUUGCCCAAGUUAUUGCCUCUUACACAGCCACAGGCCCAGAACAGCUGACUCUUGCUCCUGGCCAGCUGAUCCUCAUCAGAAAGAAGAAUCCAGGUGGUUGGUGGGAAGGAGAGCUCCAAGCCCGUGGCAAGAAGCGCCAGAUCGGUUGGUUCCCGGCCAACUACGUCAAACUGCUGAGCCCUGGCACCAGCAAGAGCACCCCCACGGAGCUGCCCAGGCCUGCAGCACCCUCAGUGUGCCAGGUGAUCGGCAUGUACGACUACAGCGCGCAGAACGACGACGAGCUGGCCUUCAGCAAGGGCCAGAUCAUCACCGUGCUCAGCAGGGAGGACCCCGACUGGUGGAAGGGGGAGGUCAACGGCCACGUGGGGCUCUUCCCGUCCAACUACGUGAAGCUGACCACGGACACGGACCCCAGCCAGCAGUGGUGUGCAGACCUGCACCUGCUGGACAUGCUGACCCCCACCGAGAGGAAGAGGCAGGGCUACAUCCACGAGCUCAUCGUCACCGAGGAGAACUACGUGAACGACCUGCAGCUGGUGACAGAGAUCUUCCAGAAACCACUGAUGGAGUCUGAGCUGGUCACAGAAAAAGAAGUUGCCAUGAUUUUUGUGAAUUGGAAGGAGCUGAUUAUGUGCAAUAUAAAACUACUGAAGGCCCUGCGCGUGAGGAAGAAGAUGUCGGGGGAGAAGAUGCCGGUGAAGAUGAUCGGGGACAUCCUGACGGCGCAGCUGCCGCACAUGCAGCCCUACAUCCGCUUCUGCAGCUGCCAGCUCAACGGCGCCGCCCUCAUCCAGCAGAAAACCGACGAGGUGCCCGACUUCAAGGAGUUUGUCAAGAGGUUAGCAAUGGAUCCUCGCUGUAAAGGAAUGCCACUGUCAAGUUUUCUACUGAAGCCUAUGCAACGGGUAACCAGAUACCCACUAAUCAUCAAAAAUAUCAUCGAGAACACCCCCGAGAACCACCCUGACCACAGCCACCUGAAGCAGGCGCUGGAGAAGGCGGAGGAGCUGUGCUCGCAGGUGAACGAGGGCGUGCGCGAGAAGGAGAACUCGGACAGGCUGGAGUGGAUCCAGGCCCACGUGCAGUGCGAGGGCCUCUCCGAGCAACUCGUUUUUAAUUCAGUUACAAACUGCUUGGGACCACGCAAGUUCCUGCACAGUGGGAAGCUCUAUAAAGCCAAGAGUAACAAGGAGCUCUAUGGUUUUCUCUUCAACGACUUCCUCCUCCUCACUCAGAUCAUAAAACCUCUUGGCUCUUCUGGCACAGACAAGGUCUUCAGCCCCAAGUCCAACCUGCAGUACAAAAUGUACAAAACUCCCAUUUUCCUCAACGAGGUACUGGUAAAAUUACCCACAGACCCUUCUGGAGAUGAGCCCAUCUUCCACAUCUCCCACAUUGACAGAGUCUACACACUGCGGGCUGAAAGCAUUAAUGAAAGGACUGCCUGGGUUCAGAAGAUCAAAGCUGCUUCAGAACUUUACAUAGAGACUGAAAAGAAGAAGAGGGAAAAGGCCUACUUAGUUCGCUCUCAGAGGGCAACAGGCAUCGGGAGGCUGAUGGUGAAUGUUGUGGAAGGCAUUGAGCUGAAACCCUGCAGGUCCCACGGAAAGAGCAACCCCUACUGCGAGGUGACCAUGGGCUCCCAGUGCCACAUCACCAAGACCAUCCAGGACACCCUCAAUCCCAAGUGGAAUUCCAACUGCCAGUUCUUCAUCAAGGACCUGGAGCAGGACGUGCUGUGCAUCACGGUGUUCGAGCGGGACCAGUUCUCCCCGGAUGACUUUUUGGGCAGGACAGAGAUCCGUGUGGCAGACAUCAAGAAGGAUCAGGGUUCCAAGGGGCCAGUUACAAAGUGUCUCCUUCUGCACGAAGUCCCCACAGGAGAGAUCGUGGUGCGCCUGGACCUGCAGCUGUUCGAUGAGCCUUAGGAGAGAGGGGCCAAAGUCAGAGCUGAGCCAGAGGUCGCUGCAGGAGGUGUCUGCAGAAGCUGUCACCGAGUCCUUGCUGGUGUGGCAUGAAACUACUGCUCGCCCUUCACACGUCAGAGGGUUAUCAAAGCAAACAGGAGCAGCUUUGUGCCUUGAUAAUUCUCACUGAACACACGAAUCCCAAUUUAGUGAGGAGAUCUCCCUCAAUCUCCCUGUGUGGAACUUGGCGUUGGUUUCCUGGGCUGGUGAAACAACCCUGUUGUUCCUUGUGCUGCAGUGGGGAUAGCUGGCAAAACACAUGGGUGGCUGUGCUUGCUCCAGCUGCCCUGCUCUUUGAUUCCCGUGGAGGAGGCAGUGUGGGUGUGUUUUGGAGGCUUUCUGAGGGUUUUCCCCUUCAGGAGUUCUGUGCCUAUUGCCUAGCAGAGUGGUGUGUAAAUGUGAGUGAAUGGAAGCAGCAGUUUGCAGCAGGAAGAUCUCUGAAGGUCUUCAUGAUGGUACUGAAAAGACUUAGAAAAUAAAUAGUCUAUAUCUAUAAACAGAGAAGAUUCUAUUAACAUACCACUUCAUGACUCGUGUUGCCCCUGAAAAUAAAAGCUGUCCAGGCGGUCUGCACAAGGAUGAAUUGCACUCCAGAAGAGUCCAGCCCUGGGUCCCUGUGGGAGUUGCUGUUGUGCCCAGGGCUGCAGUGCUGGGGCAGGAAGCCAAGGGUGAGGCACAGAGCCCUGCUGGUGUCGUGUGUCCCUCCCGGGUGCUCCUUCAGUGCUGCUGCUCCAGGCCGAGCCUCCCCUGCAGUGGGGGAGGAGAAACAAUCGUGGCUGCAGCUCAGGAAGGGACGGCCCAGCCUGCAGGGCCUGGUGUGCCCAGCACUGGGUGGUGCCCGGGCACGGAGCUGAGCUGAGCUCUCCUGUGUGCAGCCAGGGCACGGGGGCUCAGGGCAUCCCACGGGGCAGCUGCUGGGUGCCACCAGAGAGCUCGUGGUGCUCUGCAGAGUGGGGACCCCAAAGCCAUCCGGGGAAUGCAGGGCUCUCCAUCCCUUUCACUCCAUGGAUAACAACGUCCAGGCCCACGUCCCUGUUUGGCAGAGCUCCCGGGCACAACGUCUGCUUUCCCUCAGGCACACGUGUGAGUGCCCUGCUGAGCCUGGACUCGGGGAACAAAACAUCCCUGAGAGUCAAAUUCCUCUUUGUUCUGCUUGGAUUCCUUUUGUUCAUGCCCUGCCACGCAUCCACUGGUAUUUUUGUAAGGACUUCAUUCCGGAUGGGAGGUGCCAGCCCGUGUCAUUCGCAUGUGAACGUUCUGUGGAGCUGUUGUUAGGUUUUGGUGUUCCUUGCAUGUCCUUUCAGUACUGGUUCCCACCUCUCCUGUGUCGGCGGUGUUCUCUAGCACUCCAAGUCUUAUUGGUUUCCAUUAGGAAAUUAGGAUAUAUCCAUAACAGGUAGGUAGGUCAGUAUGGUAAUAAGUGUAAACUGUGCUGGGAAGUGUCUGUGUAUUAUAAUUUCCUAAAAGACCACUGUAAUGUUUCAAGCAAUGGGAAGGAAAAAAAUGUAUGUUGGAGGGACAACAAAGUUUACAUUUCAUACUUUUCAGAAUCGCUUUAUUAUUUAUUUAUUGAAGAUAGUGUAGAAUUUUGUAUCAGAAAUGACAGACAUACUUAUGUAUUUUUUGAAACAAAACAGAGAUACACACUUUAGUUAGAAACUUUCAACUGACCACAUUUUAGAGGGAGUGUGACUUCCUAGGCAUGCAUUUGUUUACCACUAACUGGCUGAAAACACGAUUAAGAGAACUUUAAGUUUCUAUUUUUCAAUGUUGUUAAGAAAAUUGUUUCAAUUAAAAUAUGUAAAUAGUACUAAACCCAUGCUUUCCUAAUUCCAUAUCAAUACAUUUUAUUAAAUAUAAUGUAUAUGAAAAUACACAUUGUUGUGGUAGGAUAAAAAAAAGUGAUAAAAUCUAUUACUGGAGUACCAUUAAAUGUCAUUGUCUAACCUUU